GGCGGCGGCGGCGGAGGGAAAUCUUGUUUGGUCAGAGUCUCCGAACUGUGCGGUGACUUCUGAGCACAGAUCAAUACGUGUCUGUCCCGGCUCGGGGCGGGGGAGGGGGGGCCCGCCCGGCACAGCGCCGGCUUUUGGGGCUGGGGGCAGCGUUGUGGGGAGCGCAGAGCCGGGGGGAUGUCACCGUAGAUGUCUGUGUGUCUGCGCGCGUGUAGAGAUCUAUCUAUCUAUCUAUCUAUCUAUCUAUAUGUAUAUACAGAGAGAUACGGAGCGUAACACCACGUUUCUUAAAAUCUCGUGCAGGAGUGGAAAUUAAAUAACCAACUCGCGGGGGAUCAUAAAAGGCUUCGGUGGGAGCGGGGCGAGUCCGCACCGCGCAGGUGAAGCAGAGACCUCUCCGAGAUGUCAGGUAUUAGUCCGGAGGGGCAGAUCUGCGAGCCACACAGCAGCUCCCGGGUCUACGGUACAUUAGCCUCUCCGUGGGAGAGGGAUCCCAGACAGCUCUGCUGGGGAGCCAGCCCAGGAGAUUUGUUAGCGGGCUGCUCCGGGGGAUACCAGCCACCUCCGGCACCCGAGCGCCAAAGGUGCUUGUGUUGCUGCUGCUGCUGCUGCUGGCGCAUUUCAUCCAAACUCCAGCCAGAGCGGGGGCAAGUUGAACCGGAGACAUUAGAGCCACUGUGCUUUGGAGAGACGAGGGCGCACGGGGAGCGCAGCGGCACCAUGCCUGCUAUCAAGAAGGAGCGACUUGACAGGGAAGAGAUGGCCCUGGCAGCUUUUAACCAGCCCAUGGAAACCUUACCUGACUAUCUCGCCCCUCUGGCCGCCGCUGCCAUUCCGGUGGUCACCCCGCACCCGCCGGCUUACGACCAGAUCUUUGCCCACCGCGCGUACCUGGGCUUCCACGAGACCCACCACCCCCACCCGCACCACCCGCACCACCCCCACCACCUCCCCGAGGACCUGAUGCUGGAGAGGUUUUCCUCCAUCCCGGAUUUCCAGCCCUUCUUUGACAACGGAGAGCCUUGCAUCGAGGUGGAGUGCGGGGAGAACAAGGCGCUGCUCUACAUCAAUAAGUUGUGCCAGGGGAGCAAAGGACCCUCUAUCCGGUACCGGGGAGAGUGGCUCACCCCCAACGAGUUCCAGUUUGUCAGCGGCAGGGAGACGGCCAAGGACUGGAAGCGCAGCAUCAGGCACAAAGGGAAAAGUUUGAAGACUCUUAUGUCCAAAGGAAUCUUACAGAACCGGGGCCGCCUGGCAGAGAAGAGGACAAUCCCUUUACCUCCCACCAGGAUCCCGAAGAAAGAGCUCACCUCGAUUUUCUCCCACAGCGACGACAGCGAAGAGAGCGACAAGAGCAAUGGUCAGCACCCCGAAGUAAAGCAGGAGGAGGAUCUCCACAUCAGUAUCAUGAAAAGAAGGAUACACACCCACUGGGAUUUAAACAUCUCCUUCCGAGAGACCUCUUGCAGCCGCGAUAACGACCUUUCCACUAUCAUCUCCAACCUGCACCAGAGCCGCCAGCUCGUUAUGCCAGAGACCCAGAGCCGCUGUGAAUUCAAGAGAAACAGCAUCGAGGUUGGCCUGGGAGCAGCAGAUGAAAUUUUAGGCAAGAGAAGAGUAUGUUCUCCCAACAGCAGCAGUGAGUGUCCUUUAGAAAGCAAGAAAGCCAGAAGUGAGUCCCCAAAGGAAAACUCCCACACGCCUCUGCUGGAGGACUCGGUGACUCAGAUGACCCCGGAGGAGCACUACAGACGCAUGAUGUCAGCACUGAACGAGCAUGGCACCUUUGAAGAGCAGCAGCAGCAACGUCUCUACCAGCUGGCCAACAGCAUGGCAGUGCCCAGCCACGGAGAUCUCCUGCGGGCGCGGCAAGAGGUGGCGGCGGCGGCGGCGGCGCGGAACCCCGGCGCGAUGGAAGCGCACAUCCCCUCGGCCAGCAACUCUUCCAGCCAGCGGAGGAAGCAGGGCCUCCCCCAGCACAGGGACACCCACUUCCCCGAGAGGGAGAUCUCCCACCCACCACCUCUGCUCUCGCCCCAGAACGCUCCCCACAUUGCCCUGGGGCCCCACUUGAGACCUCCCUUCCUCGGGGUGCCUUCGGCGCUGUGCCAGACGCCAGGUUACGGGUUCCUCCAGCCGGCACAAGCGGAGAUGUUUGCACGGCAGCAGGAGAUGCUACGAAAGCAAAACCUGGCCAGGCUGGAGAUGUCGGCCGAGAUCAUCCGCCAGAAGGAGCUGGAGAACCUCCACCGCCAGAGGCUGCUGGCCGGCGACCCCCUGAGCCUGCACCCGGGGCUGCCCCCGGACCACCCGGCCCUGCGCAACGUGCACGACAUCCCCGAGGGCCACCCGCUGCGGGAGGAGCUGUCCCGGCGGAACGCCAUGCUGGUGCUGCGGCACAACAACACCCCGCUGCUGUCCCUCAACCCCGCCGUGCCCGGCGCCAGCUCCUCCACGCCGCCCAAGGAGCAGCCCCGGCGGGGCAGCCGGAAAACCGCGGGGCAGCACCGCGCCGAGCCGCAGGGCGUGGGCGAGGCCAAGGAGCCGGCGGAGCCGCGGGCGCGGGACGGGGCCCCGGACUGUAACGACGAGGAGAUGAAGGACUCGGAGAGCGACGCGGACGUGAGCGACGAGAAGCCCGAGAGCCUGAAGGCCGAGGGCGGCGGCGGCUCGGCCGCGGAGCUCAAGGAGUGCAAGGAGGCGGGCAAGGCGUGCGAGGGGGCCAAGGAGAUGGGCGAGGCGGGCGCUGCCCAGAAUGCCCCCUGCAGCUCCUCGAGCGCAGAGUCCCCCAGCCACCUGCUCGGCCCGGGCAUCAACAAGGCCGAGGUGAAGUACCUCCCGCCGGCCUCCAUCCCGCCGCCUCAGCCGCUGCCCUUCGGGUUCCCCUACACCAUGAGCCCCUACUUCCAUGCAGGCACCAUGGGAGGUCUGUUUCUGGAUGGUGAGGAGAGCCCUGCGCUGGAAGACAUCAGCAAAUGGACGGUGGAGGAUGUUUGCAGCUUCGUGUCCAACUUGUCUGGCUGCACCGAGUACACUCAGGUAUUCCGAGAGCAGGCCAUUGAUGGAGAGACCCUGCCCCUCCUGACAGAAGAGCACUUACUGAACAACAUGGGGCUGAAACUCGGACCUGCCCUGAAGAUAAGGUCACAGGUGGCCAAGCGAGUGGGCAGGGUGCUGUACAUGGCAGGCUUCCCCAUGGCUUUCCCCCUGCAGCCCCCCGGCCUGAGGCCCCCGGAGCGGGACGUGCCGGCGGCCGAGCUCCGACCGGCGUCCACGGGCAGCGUGGCCUCUCCCUUCGGCAGCGGGGUCCCUUCCUCUGCCAGCCGGGGCUCCCCAAAGCAGGAAAACGGGAAUCCUUCCCUCCUCCCCGGGCUCAACGACACCACGAAACCUCCGUCCUAACUGCGGGAUGCCCUCCGACUGCUUCUGGGACUUUGGGGAUCCAGCGGGACAGAGCCGAAGGAUAACGCCGGAGCCUCCCCCCCGCCCGCAGCGCGAGACGCAGGAGUGAGGGAGGAAAAGGGAGGGUUUAAUUUGGUUGUUUUUUUAAUUUUUUUUUUAUUUUUGGGACGAAUUUGCUUUUUUUUUU